AUGUGGACAGUCUUGAUUCAAUGCAGGCUAGUGGGCAAGGCAAUUCGGGUAUACAAUGCUUUAGAUGAAUGUGUAGCUAGGGACUAUAAUAAGGUUAAGGCAAUAGUUCUUAAGGCUUACGACUUGGUGCCUGAGGCCUAUCGCCUUAAGUUUCGUAAUUUUACUAAACCUGUCUCUCUCUCAUUUGUGGAAUUUGCUCGUCUCAAGGAGGAGCAGUUUGACGACUGGCUUAAGAGUCUUCAAGUGGUCUCCUUCUCCUCCUUGAGAGAGCUUAUGUUGCUAGAAGAGUUUAAAAAGGCUUGUAGCAAGGAAUUAAGAAUUUAUCUUGAAGAGGUUAAAGCAGUCAGUUUGGGUAAGGCUGCCCAGAUAGUGGAUGAAUUUGUAUUAACUCAUCGGGCCGGGUCGGAAGAAUUAGGUGGUCCGGGAAAUAAUCAUGUCCAGAGGAAUCUGCACAAGAAUAGGACUGGAGAUGCUCAGGGAGAGGGCUCAAGUGGAUCUUACACUAGAGUCUUCUCCAAAAGUAAUAAGUUAACUUCUGGUAAUGGUAAUAGAGUAAGAAGGACCUGCUUCUGGUGCAAUGAAUCAGGACAUUUUCAAGCACAGUGUAACGCCAGAAGGAAGUACCUCCAAAGAAACAAUAAUAAUCCGGUAGCUCUAAUAUCAAAUAACCCUAUGUCUAAUAAGUCUCGGGUUGAGAAUCCACCAGUGUUGAUGGCUAAUGAUGGUUGUAGCAAGGGGGAAAAUGUUGGUUCUUUAUCUAGUAGGGAUUUAUGA